AUGACGAAGAAAGAAAACAGUUGGAAAGGAUUUUCCACAAGGUCUAUGCAAAGGGCCGCGCAGGGCAUUGCUGGUGGUGACUUUCCAGACCGACAAACCCAGAUCAUGACAUUAGUCGACUCUCGCCUUGCUCGACAUGUUUUUGGUGACAAGAAAAUUGAUUGGCCUACCUUCUUGGAGCAUAUGUGCGAGAUGGGCUGCCAGGGCCAUCCGAGUGUCACCCGUGUAAGGAAUCCUGAAGGCGUUUGUUUGGCCCGCUGCCGACGAACUGCCUUGAACUUCCAUGGUUGGCUGUCAGAGACACCAUCGGAGAUGGAAGUUGAGCGUCGAAAGGUAGUUGAUGCUUUAGAGGCAGAAGUGGUUGCAUGGCGAUCAGGAAUUGGGUACUGA